AUGCGGGCGCAGGUCCAGCAGCUGCUGCGCUUUGCGCGCGCCAAGCGCGUGCAGCACGUCAAGGAGUGCCUCCGCCUGGUGCAGGACCUGGCGGCGCGGCGGGUGCAGCGCGCGGACGUGUACGGCGGCGCCGAGGUGCUGGAGAUGCUGGAUGAGCUGAGGGCCGGCCUUGAGAAGCAGGUGGACGAGUUCAAGGUCGUCGCCACUUCAGCGCGGCAUGCUAUGUUCUUGAAUAUCUGUGUCCUGUGA